CGCGAAGAUGGCGGCCGCCAGCCCCGAUCCGCCGCCGUUAAACGGCCCGGAGGAGCUGAUGGAGCCGCCGGGAGAAGAGGCUGAGGGCCUCAGCGUCUCGGAGGAGGUCUGGAACAUCAAGCAGAUGAUCAAGUUAACUCAGGAGCAUAUUGAAGCCCUGCUGGACAAGUUCGGGGGAGACCAUAAUCCACCCUCUAUCUAUCUGGAGGCUUAUGAAGAAUACACGAGCAAGCUGGAUGCCCUGCAACAGCGUGAACAGCAAUUGUUGGAGUCCAUGGGGAAUGGCACAGAGUUCACAAACAGUAAUCCCAGCCUGACGGAGCUGAUGGAACCCUGCACCCACCUCACUGUCACUCAGAAUUGUCCUAGCCUAUUACAGAACCCGAGCGACGGUUUGAGGGCCAACCCCAAAUCUCCUCAGAAACCCAUUGUUCGAGUCUUCCUGCCCAACAAACAGAGGACUGUGGUCCCAGCACGGUGUGGGGUGACUGUGAGAGACAGCCUGAAGAAAGCUCUGAUGAUGAGGGGACUGACCGCGGACUGCUGUGCAGUCUACAGGACGCAGGAUGGGGAGAAGAAGCCCAUUGGCUGGGACACGGACAUGUCCUGGUUAACAGGAGAAGAACUACAGGUGGAGGUGCUGGAACAUGUUCCACUGACCACGCAUAACUUUGUUCGAAAGACGUUUUUCACUCUGGCGUUCUGCGAUUUUUGCCGUAAGCUUCUGUUCCAAGGUUUUCGGUGUCAGACGUGUGGAUACAAAUUCCACCAGCGUUGUAGCACUGAGGUUCCCCUCAUGUGUGUCAACAUCGACCAGCUAGAUCUGCUCAUUCUUUCCCGAAUCUAUGAAAACCAUCCCAUUACACAAGACGAUGUAUCAUCUGGAACAACGCCACCGGGUUUGGGGAUGUAUCCUUCAGUUCCACCGUCCGAUUCCACAGGGUCCCUAUCUCACUCCACUGCCUCCCCGACGAAAUCAAUUCCGAUCCCACAGCCUUUCAGACCCGGUGAGGAAGACCAACGCAAUCAAUUUGGGCAGCGAGACCGUUCAUCCUCUGCGCCAAACGUACACCUCAACACCAUUGAGCAGGUCAAUAUUGAUGGUCUGAUCCGUGAUCAGGGUCUACCACGCAAUGACGGAGCCCCCUUGACGCAGCCGAUCAGGUGCCUCAGGAAGUACCGCUCCCGGACUCCCAGCCCUUUGUUGCAAUCUUACCCCAAUGACCUUGUCUUUGAUUUUGAGCCUGGUCCUGUAUUCAGAGGGUCCACGUCGGGGCUCUCUGCCACCCCGCCAGCUUCGCUGCCUGGUUCUCUGAGUUGUGUCAAAACGUUGCAGAAAUCACCUGGUACUCAGCCACGGGAGAGGAAAUCGUCGUCUUCAUCAUCCGAAGACCGGAAUAAGAUGAAAACUCUGGGUCGAAGGGACUCCAGCGAUGACUGGGAGAUAUCAGAAGGACAGAUCACAUUGGGUCAAAGGAUAGGAUCGGGCUCAUUUGGAACAGUGUAUAAGGGAAAGUGGCACGGGGAUGUUGCAGUGAAGAUGCUGAAUGUUACAGCUCCAACACCACAACAGCUACAAGCCUUUAAAAAUGAAGUGGGAGUCCUCAGAAAAACCCGGCAUGUGAACAUUCUCUUAUUUAUGGGUUACACCACAAAGCCUCAGCUCGCUAUCGUCACACAGUGGUGUGAGGGCUCCAGUCUGUAUCACCACCUUCACAUCAUUGAGACCAAGUUUGAGAUGAUCAAGCUCAUCGACAUUGCCCGUCAGACUGCCCAGGGCAUGGACUACUUACAUGCGAAGUCCAUUAUCCACAGAGACCUGAAGAGUAAUAAUAUUUUUCUACACGAAGACCUGACUGUGAAGAUUGGAGAUUUUGGCUUGGCAACAGUAAAAUCACGGUGGAGUGGCUCCCAUCAGUUUGAGCAGUUGUCUGGUUCUAUCCUGUGGAUGGCACCUGAGGUGAUCCGAAUGCAAGAUAAGAACCCAUACAGUUUCCAAUCCGAUGUCUAUGCGUUUGGGGUGGUUCUAUAUGAGUUGAUGAGUGGACAGUUACCCUAUUCCAAUAUCAAUAACCGAGAUCAGAUUAUCUUCAUGGUUGGCCGAGGAUAUCUGACCCCUGACCUCAGCAAGGUGCGCAAUAACUGUCCAAAGGCAAUGAAGAGGUUAAUGGCGGAUUGUCUGAAGAAGAAACGUGACGAGCGCCCUCUGUUCCCUCAGAUUCUUGCCUCGAUUGAGCUGCUGGCCAGGUCUUUGCCAAAGAUUCAUCGCAGUGCGUCGGAACCCUCGCUCAAUCGGGCCGGCUUCCAAACUGAGGACUUCAGCCUGUACACUUGUGCAUCCCCAAAGACCCCCAUCCAGGCUGGAGGCUACGCCGGAGAGUUUACUGCGUUCAAAUAGAUGGGGACUUCUUACCACCGGCCGGAGCAGGGGUUUGCUGUUGUGUCUCGUGUCCUCCCAGUUGUUUCGGGGUUUAAGCCUGCAAACAGAAACUACAGCUGCUGCCCGAGCUGCUGUUUUGUAUUGUUUUCAAGACAGACUCCACCAACCAAUUUCUGCAAAGCUGUUAGUUCUAAAACUGCCUGAUGCACAAAUGUGAGUUCCCCCUGAAGCAGCUGUAGCUGUUUGUCUCCCUGCCUGAAGGAGGCGGCGGCGGAGGAAGAAACGGUUUCUCUGGACGCUGUUUGCAGUUACUGGGGAGAGGGACAGCGGCCAGCAUGAAGAGGAAUCUUUGAUAAUCACGGGACCAUGGGGAGGUUGGCUGCAGCUAUCGCCUGCCCCCUGCGAUUGUCUCCCUGCCCCAGACUGGGUUGUGCAAUCACCUGAUUCAAGAGGAGGAGAGGCCCCUUUACAAUAGAGCAGGAAUGUCGUGAAACGGCCAUAGUGGCCGCUGUCCAUUGCUCACCCCUACAAUGAGGCACAGAGACACUUUUAUUUAUGUAUAUUUUAUAAUUUAUUCAUUCUUUCCUGUAAGAGUUCAACACAUUCUUCCUGCCCCACCCUCCCGUACUGCUGUUCUCCAGCUGAUGCUUUUUAUCUUGGAUAAUCCAUUGGUUUCUGUCUUCAGGAAGGGGAAGCAGACCGGGGGCGCUCUCUGUUCCGCUGUAGAAGAUCACCAUGUGCAGUGAAUGUUACUUCCUCUCUCUGCUGCUGCUCAGCUCCCACUGGGUGAAAACAGUUUGCUUUCUUAGCCCUUGCCCACCUCCAGGUCACAGGGCAAAGGUCUCAUCCUUGACUCUUUCUGUGGGACAGCUUUUUCAGUGCAGACCACAGCCAGGGCAAACGAUCACAAUCUGUCUCUGAGACUGUGUGUAUCGAAGACAUAAGGGCUUGAGGAAUCUGAAGGGUUGUCGUAUCAAUGUGUAAUGGACUUGACUGUGAUGCCAUCUGCUGUGGAUUAGCUUUCUGAUAGUUACCAUUGAGGCGUGCAGGCACAGGACGUCACCAAUAAAAUAGUACCCCAACAGGAAGAAAAGGCUUUUAAAAUGAUAUCUAUCUGUUAUUCAAAAUCAUUGGUCAUUUUAUUGAAGACCGUGGGCCCCCUGGCAUUGUGCAGGAUACAGCUGACCCUUCCCUGUGGCCAGUCUCAAGCAGGAUUGCAUUACUUACUCUGAGGGAGGGAUGAUGGAAGGGAGGGUCCACUCGUCUGAAGGCAAUUUGAAUUACCCAUAGAUAGAGUGUGGUGCUGGAAAAACACAGCAGGUCAGGCAGCAUCCGAAGAACAUAAGCCCUUCGUGGCCCAGGGUUUUGGGUCUGAUUGUGGAUUGUUCAGUUGGUCCUGACAAUAGUCAGUAGAGCUGAAUGAACGAGGAAGCUCCUGUUGGAUCUGACACCACUCAUCCCUUUUCCAGUUUCUUGCCACUUGUCAGUUAUUGAAUAGUCAAAAGAAGUGAACAGACACUGAACCUAAUCCCUUUAAAUGUCAUUUUCUCAUCAUUCAGAUCCAACUCUCUUGCAUUUUCUGCUUAGUCCAAAAAGGUUUGAAACCAUUGCAUAAAGGUUGUUGUGUUUAAGCUCCUGUAUGGUGAUGAGACCCGGAUGACAAGGAACCAUUGGCUGGGUGGGUUCAAAACCAAUGCGAGUAGAAAUCUGCUCCCAGGAUAGAUGCAUGACACCAGAUCAGUACAUUCCUGAGGCUAGACAGGGUUAUGCUCAGCACUGUCCAUGGUGCUGAUCUUUUUGUGCUGCUCACCAGACGGAGGUAAUUUGCUCUGCUAACUUGAUCAAUACAGUAGAGGUAUAGCAUUCCAGCACUACAGUGAGGAAGAUAAAAGGAGUGUGGUGCCUGUAUCCAGUUUUAUUUAUUUUAACAGACUUUAACAUCUGAAUCUUUGUUAAAGAGCUAUUGUUCAAGUGUGCUCCUUCAUUACAUUUCAAAUUAGAAGCUUUCCAAGCGAAAGUAUUCUUGCACAACUCUUAAUUCUCAGCAUGAGCCUUUGGCUGCCAUCUCAUACACAUCAAGCUAUUCUAAUAUGCUGCAUUAAAAUCAGGGCUGUCAACUAUGCCGUCAACUCCAUUUUACUGCCAGAACUCCUCCUCCCCCCUCCACCUUCAGACACGUGUUCGGGAGGAAGGAACAGUGAGGGAUUUGGAGACUGAGCAUUAACAUUCUAGCUGAAAUCUGCUACAUACCAGACUUGUACAUCUCUGUUUCUGGAAACAUCCCAUGUGACAGAACUGUCUAUUUUUUAAAAACCUGAAAAUUAUUAAUCCAACAGUCAAUCCACUAUUCAUAAAUGUAUAAUGGUGUCCAGGCACAGCAGAGUGAACAUAACACUAUUAGGGGCAUUUCUAGAUCGAUCUAGACCAUCCGUAAGUCUCCACUGCAAGGUGGACCUUAUGCUUAAAUUUACCCCUUUACACUGGUUCAGUUUGUCCGAGGGUUGGUGUUUUUAAAGACAGCCCAGCAUCUUGUCCUUCUUCUGGUUACAAAUCUUACAAGAAUGAGCAAGUGCUAGUGCCGUUCAUCCACAAGGUGGUGUAUCCAUUGUACAGUGCUUUGCCAAGAGGUUGCAAGCACCUGGCGUGAGCAUUUAGCUCUCUAGCUGUCUAGAUCCUGCCCACAGCUGUAUAGGCCACUUCCAACUAGCACUGUCAGCAAGCUGUGGCCAUCAAUAUCACAGUAUCUCGCUGCUGCAAUGCAGCCACAAAAUGUUGGACAGUCCAUCCCUUUCCCUACCUAAGGUGAUAACUGGUGACCUGCUGGGGGUUUUGCUCUGAUUUAGCUGAACUACACAACUGCUUUUAAAAAAAUGUGUACAAAGUAAUCCCUGCGCAUUAAUCCUCAAAAUGUGACUCACUUGGCUUUUGGAGAUACUUUGCCCUGUUUACACUCCAGUAUCGGUAGCAGACUGUCACCUUCUGUUCCUGUUGCCCAGUCCAUUGGUGAAACAGUUGAAAGCACUUGGAAGAACGUCUCUAUAAAACAGGGUGACCAAACACGGAGUCACAGCAUGAGUAGCUGUGAGGGGGAAGGGAUAGGGAAGUCAGGGAUUGCAUGGCAAAAAUAAGCUCCAGCACUGUAUGUUUUAAAAGCAUUCCAUUCCUGCCAGGAAGAGGUGCAGGUACGAUGGAAUCUGACCAGAGAGGGAGCUGACCCAUCUUAGACAUCACCAGCUUUGCAAAGAGUUAUUUACUCAUCUCACACACAACCCUGCCAGUUUUUCUUUUGGUACAGCCCAUGCCAACUAGACCUUUUUACACAUUACGUUUGACAAAUUCCUGUCCGAGACAAUUAUCAAAACUGUAAUUCCAGUGCCAUAUCCAACCGCUGCCACUUCACAUGGGGCAGCAGGCUCCUGUUUAGAGGAAGAGAAAGGUCAAAGUCCCACUUUCAUGUCUGUUUUAAGAUUAGAGCAAGGAUUGCUUCACAGUCAGAAAAAAAAUCAGCCUCAUCUUGGAUCAGUGUAAAGACUAAGUGUAUUGUCAUUGCAUAUGGCUCCCUCCCCCAGUACCUUCAAUUCUCACCUGUAAAUUUGUACAAUGGAAUAUAUUGUCAGUUUGCUAUAGAGCAUGGAUACAAAAUUUUGAUAGAUAAUUCAAAAACCUUAUUGUGUAAAGUUAUUUAAAAGACUGUAUUAUAAAAGUUCUAUGUAUGUGAAUAUGGGAAACACUAUAAUAAAGGACCUGCAUGGA